UUUUUAAACGCUCCAGAGGGGGUUGUGGGAUAGCAAUGGCGGCUUUAGGGGUCGCCGUGUGUCGCUUUCGAGGAGCUUGCUGCUCUUUAGUUUCAUCGUGGUGUAGUUCUCGGAGACUGGUAGUUACCAAAAAAACUUUUUCUUCCAAAACGUGGGGAGAAUCUGACUCUGAGACGGAGAUGGAGGAAGAGGAGUCGCUGAGUGAAAUAACCCGAAAACUUAAAAAUCAGCAGAAAGCAAUUUUGUUUCAACGAAUGAAAAGGCAAAUGGAACCUCGUGGUCCACCAGAAAGAAGACUUACAUGGAAUGCAAUAGAAGAAAUCAGGUAUUUGAAGCAAGAGUUCCCUGAUGAGUGGACUGUGCCCAGGCUGGCUGAGGGGUUUAACGUCAGUACUGAUGUUAUAAGAAGAAUUAUAAAAUCAAAGCUUUCUCCACCCGAGAGACGUAAAGCAAAACAGGAUAUAAAGGUUUCAAAUGUUUUAAUACAACCAAAUAAGCAAUCGACAAAGCAUCUGUCACAGCCCACCCAAACUCUCCUCCUAGGUGCUCUAAAUCCUGCCCAAGCACUAAUUCCCAGUGGACAAAAUGAUAAACUGAAAAUCAACACACAAACCUCUGACCUUGUUCUUUCUCCAGGCUCCCUGCCUGCCUCUGCAAACCGUAACAGCUUAUUGCUUAGAUCAGAGAAUGAAAUGAUGCAAAGAAACAAAGCAAAUCUUCAAGUUUGCACCAAGAAGGCACAAGUUCAAACACCCAAGUCUGCCAUGUAUGAUGUUGGUCCGACCUCAGAGGAAGGCAGCCAAGCAGAGCAGCAGCACUGUGUAGAUGAUAAGCAGAUGGAGCUUGAUGAAUGGGAUGGACAGUUGCUUAGUGACACUGACCUUGAGGAAUUAUCAAGAAGUGGAAUUGAAAACAAAAUGAAAGUCAUACAGAGAGGCAGGGAGUUCUUUGACAGCAAUGGUGAUUUUCUUUACCGGAUUUAACUCAUCAAAUGCAAAUCCUGUUGUUGUGUGUAUGUAAAUUGGUAUAUCUAACAUUCUAACUUUCAUUUAAUUUCAAAUAUUACUAAAUUUAAAAAAAGUCAGUUGUAAAUAUAUUUAUUUUUCAUUCUACCAUGUGAUUCUUGCCACUGAGGAUAUAUCAAAGAAGAGCAAUAUGAAAUGUUAUAAAAGCCAUUUUCAUA